AAAAGAGGGGAUAGAAAGCCAUAGUGCAAAGUUUUGACACAAAUCCCCCAAGAAAUAUAAAUACAACCCGAGCCUCCAUCCACUAUCAGUCGUAAACACACCCAAUAUGAAGCUUCAAAGUGCACUGGUUUUGGUUCUGGGUUUGGUGCUAGUCUCAGCCGCCGAGGAAAAGAAGGAAAAAACCGAAAAAGCCGCCGAGAAAAAGGACAAGAGGGGCCUUUUCGACCUCGGCUACGGCUACGGGGGCGGCCAUGAGCUCGGGGGUGGCAUCGAAUUCGGUCACGGGAUCGGUGGUUUCGGGGGCGGUAUCGAGGAACACGGCCAUGUGAAGCACGUGACCAUCACUAAAGAGAUCCCGGUUCCAGUACCACAUCCAGUACCCUAUCCAGUGGUCAAGAAAAUUGCAGUUCCGUACCCCGUCAAAGUGGCCGUGCCUGUUGACCGCCCAUACCCCGUCCAUGUACCCAAACCAUACCCCGUCCCUGUCGAAAAACCCGUUCCCUACCCGGUCGAGAAACCAGUACCUUACCCAGUUAAAGUACCAGUCAAGGUACCAGUACCAGUGCCACACCCAUACCCUGUGCCCAAACCCGUACCUUACCCCGUGCACAAACCCGUUCCAUACCCAGUCAAAGUACCUGUCUAUGUGGAGAAACACGUUCCAGUUCUGGUCAAGGAACAUCACCAUGAAGGGAUCGGUUUCGGGAUAGGACAUGGAAUCGAGGAAUUUGGAGGGUUCCAUCACCAUUUGAAGGGGUACCCACCCAACUUGCUGGGCUUGUGCGUUGACUUGAGUACCAUAAGCCCCAGACUGGUCUUGUUCAGAAAAACCCCCUGCGUUAUCACCGCCGUGGAAGCCUCCCUCAAAGCCUCCACCUUCUUGGCCUUCUUCGUGGACUUCGUUCAAUUGCUGGUGUCCGAACUAGCCCCCCUGGUGGCCUUUGAACUCUUCGACUGGUACUGGGAAAGGCUUGGGCACUUCGAAAGCGACAGGAACCUUUUUGAUUAUUUCGACAGGGACUGGGUGGGGUACUUUGACGAGUUUGGUGUGUACAACGGGGUAGGGCUUGGGGACUUCGAUGGGAUGGGGUACUGGAACUGGUACUUUGACAGGAUAGGGGUGGGGUUCUUUGAUUACAACUUUUUUGUGCAGUUUUCCGUAAUGCGACUCAUUUGGGACCCCUUCAAGGUGGUGGCCCCCGUGAUGCUCGAAGCCGGGACGAGCGUUGCUUCACUGGUACUAGCAGUCGCCAGCAUUGCCCAAUGCGGCGAGGCUAAAACCGACGACAAGAAAACCGAAAAACGUGGUAUCUUCAGUAGCAGUAUUGGGAGCGGCUACGGGGGCGGCUACGGCCAUGGGGGCGGCAUCAGCAUCGGUGGUGGCAGCCUCGGCGGCCAUGGAGGUGGCAUCAGCAUCGGUGGCGGCCAUGGAGGUGGCAUCGGGGGCGGAAGCUUCGGCGGCCACGAGGGUGGCGGAUUCGGCGGAGGAAUCGGGGGCGGAAUCGGCGGAGGAAUCGGUGGUGGAUUCGGCGGCGGUUUCGGAGGCGGAGCCGGAGGUGGUGGCGGCGGCGGCGGCGCUACUGUAACCACCAUCACCCAAGCUGUGGGAGUACCAGUGCCCCAGCCCUACCCAGUCACCGUCACCCGCCCUGUCCCAGUCCCAGUACCACAACCCGUGGCUGUCCCAGUACCACGCCCAGUGCAAGUACCAGUGCCGGUACCACGUCCCGUUGUUGUUCCCAGACCAGUCCCUGUGACUGUAACGCGCCCAGUACCAGUACCAGUUCAGGUCCCUGUCCAAGUACCAGUACCACAACCCGUUGGAGUGCCAGUACCUCAGCCCUACCCAGUCACUGUCCCACAGCCCGUUCCCGUUAGGGUACCACAGACCAUCGUGGUUCCAGUCGCGCAACCUGUCUUUGUUGGAGGCGGCGGUGGUGGAGCCGGCGGCGGCGGAUUUGGAGGAGGAAUCGGUGGUGGAAUCGGAGGAGGAAUUGGAGGUGGCAUCGGGGGAGGAUAUGGAGGAGGCCACGGGCUCGGAGGAGGAUUAGGAGGAGGAUUGGGAGGUGGACAUGGUUCCAUCAGUAUUGGCAGCAGUUAUGGCGGCGGCUACGGCGGCGGUUACGGAGGUGGACACUCUAUCUCUUUGGGAUCGGGAAGUUUCGGAGGACAUGGAAGUUCUUUCGGAAGCGGAUCCUUAGGAGGACAUGGUUCUCUCGGAGGUGGGUCUUUGGGAGGACACGGAGGUGCCACGAGCUAUUCCAGUAUCUCUAUUGGAGGAGGCCACAAAUACUAACUAAAGACUAUCCAUUCACCUCAUUUCAUCAGCUCUCAAAUUUCAUAGCGAUUCAUCCUAUUGUGAUACCAUAAGUAUUUUGUUGAUUUUGAUGGUAUUACCAUCUGUGUAUAUAUUUUACAUGCACUUUAAUAAAGAUCUAUUUUACUAGA